AAUCAGCAGAAGUAGCAGAUGAUGUAUCUAAUCUAUCUGGAUUAGCCAACGCUUCUUUAGCCAGGUCUGAUACUUUGCGAUUAUUUCUGGUACGUUUAUAUGGAGGAGAUGAAGUUUUGGAUGAGGAUGAUGCUUUACGUGAACAUGAGGAUGAAGCUUUAGACGGAGACACAACCUUAGAUGAAGACGAAGCUUCAGAUGGUGAUACAGUCUUAGGCAGAGAUGAAGCUUUAGGUAAAGAUGGAAUUUCAGAUGAAGAUGUGAUUUUAGUUC